AUGGCUUUAAAUCCACCCAAGAUAUCGACAGUGAUUUCCGCAGAUGACAGGUUGCAAGCCUUAAAAAGUGCCUUUGAAAAAAAAUAUGGGGAACCUCCACAAUUUUAUGCAUGUGCUCCUGGAAGAGUUAACCUAAUUGGGGAGCACAUUGAUUACUGUGGCUAUUCAGUUCUUCCAAUGGCAAUUGAACAGAGUAUUCUUGCAGCUGUAACUGUGAAUAAAUCCGGGAGAUUUCAGCUGGCCAAUACAAAUUCUCAAUACAUGGAUCAUAGCGUCUCCUGCACUGAAGACAUUGCCAUUGACCGGGACAAUCCAAAAUGGUAUUAUUAUUUUCUUUGUGGUGUCAAAGGGAUCCAGGAAAACUUAGGCCUUACAAAUCUGGCAGGAAUGUCAUGUGUUGUUGAUGGGACAGUUCCUCCCAGCUCUGGGCUGUCCAGCUCGAGUGCCUUGGUUUGUUGUGCAGGGCUGGUGACCAUGGAGGCAAAUAAAGGAUCUCUCUCUAAGGUGGCUUUAGCUGAAAUUUGUGCCAAGUGUGAACGCUACAUUGGCACUGAAGGUGGCGGCAUGGAUCAGUCCAUUUCGUUUUUGGCAGAAAGUGGAAAGGCUAAGCUGAUCGAUUUCCAGCCUCUGCGUGCCACAGAUGUGAAGCUCCCGUCUGGAGCUGUGUUUGUCAUAUCAAACUGUUGUGUGGAGAUGAACAAAGCAGCUUCCUCUCACUUCAACAUCCGUGUGGUUGAAUGCCGCAUCGCAGCAAAGAUGCUGGCGAAGGCUCGGGGUCUGGACUGUAGCCGCUCUCUGAAGCUGGCUCAGGUUCAGAACGAGCUGGAGGCGUCUCUCGAUGAGAUGGAGGCGAUAGUGGACGACGUGCUUCAUCCUGAGCCUUUCACUAGAGAAGAAAUCUGCAAGAGGCUGGGUAUCAGCCCUGAGCAGUUCUGCACCGAGCUGCUGAGUGCCAACACACAGCACGUGACCCACUUCAAGCUCUACCAGCGGGCGAAGCACGUGUACAGUGAGGCGUGGCGGGUGGUACAGUUUAAACGUGUGUGUGACUCUGCGCCCGCUAACGCUCUGCCGCUCCUCGGGGACCUGAUGAACCAGAGCCACUCCAGCUGCAGAGACCUGUACGAGUGCAGCUGCCCAGAGCUGGACCAGCUCGUCCAACUCUGUCUGAAAAGUGGAGCCCUGGGCUCUCGGCUGACCGGGGCAGGAUGGGGCGGAUGUGCAGUGUCCAUGGUCCCCACUGAGAGAGUGGAGAGUUUCUUCAAAGCAGUUCGAGAGGAAUACUAUCUGUGUGACCCUCGUAGAGCUGCCAUGGAGAAGCAAAGUGUCAGUGACUUCAGCGUCAUGUCUGUGGCCGUCACAGACUGUGUUUGUGUGAGCGAUGUUCAGGAGUUUGUGAUGGAGGUUUUUCUGCUCCUCGACACCUGA